UAGCUUUUAUUUGUUCAUGCGGUGAAGUCAAAUGUGGUGACUCGGACAGAACUCGAAGUUUAAAAGUGGAAUUUGAUCUGCCGUGUCUCGUGAAAAUCCCAGAUCCCAGUAGUUAGCGCUUGCUGUGUUCCCGUCUAACGUAGCUUCAACGACCGCACCUUCCGCUGGACUCAGACCAUGUUGUUUGCCAUCCAUGAAAUAAACAACAUGGACGACCUGCUGCCCAACACCGACCUGGGCUACGUCAUCUACGACUCCUGCUUCACCAUCUCCAAGGCGGUGGAAGGAACCCUCACGUACCUGAGCGGCCAGGACGAGGCCGUACCAAACUACCGCUGUGGCACCGGGGCGCCUCUGGCCGCUCUUGUGGGGGCCGGGGGGUCCGACUUGUCCAUCGCCACCGCCAGGAUCCUCGGACUUUACCAUUUCCCCCAGGUCAGCUACUCUUCGUCCUGCUCCGCCCUGGAGAGCAAGUUCCAGUUCCCCACCUUCCUGAGGACCAUCCCCAACGACAAGCACCAGUCCUCAGCCAUGGCCCAGCUGGUCCUGCACUUCAACUGGACUUGGGUGGGCACGGUGGCCUCGGACGACGACUACGGCAAGUACGGCAUCAAAGACUUCAAGGAGCAGGUGGAGGACGCCGGGGUGUGCAUCGCCUUCUCCGAGACCCUCCCUAAGGGGAGUUCUCCUGAAGACAUCCGGAGGAUCGCCCAGACCAUCGUGGAGUCCACGGCCAAGAUCAUUGUGGUCUUCUCCUCAGACGUGGACCUCAGUCCUCUGGUCUCUGAGCUGAUCCGUCACAACGUGACCGACCGGACUUGGAUCGCCAGCGAGGCCUGGGUCACCUCGGCCCUCCUCAAGCAACCGGGGGCGAGCUCCGUGCUGGGCGGCACGCUUGGCUUCGGGGUGAAGAGGGCGGACAUUCCUGGUCUUCAGCAACACCUGUUGGACUUGGACCCUUACGCCGAUCCCCUCACGGAGGAGUUCUGGGAGAAGGCCUUCAACUGCACUCUGGACUACGCCCUCGCUCAAAGGAAGUCCGAGGAGAGGACGCGGGUGUUCAACGGGACAGGCAGGCUGGGUCCUGACGGCUUGUGUACUGGCAGCGAGUCCCUGGCGCGGCUCAACAGCACCUACUCGGACGUGUCGCAGCUACGCAUCACCUACAGCGUCUAUAAGGCCGUGUACGCCGUGGCCCACGCCCUGCACGCCCUGGAGCACUGCCAGGACCACCAGGGACCUUUCCUCGGGAUCGGCUGUGCUGACAUCGGCAACUUUGAGCCCUGGCAGCUGAUGUACUACCUGAAGAACGUGCGCUUCAAAGUGCCGCACACCGGCGAGGACGUCUUCUUCACCGAUGGCGACGUGGAGCCUUUCUAUGACAUCAUCAACUGGGGCGUGGGGGGCGACGGCGACAUCACCUACGUGAUCGUGGGCCACUCCAACGGCAGCGGCGGGGAGAUGAGCGUGCUGGACGACGCCAUUGUGUGGAACAGCCGGGCGCUACAACCUCCGCGCUCCGUCUGCAGCGAGAACUGCCGGCCUGGAACCAGGAAAGGAAUCCGGCAAGGCGAAGCCGUCUGCUGCUUUGACUGCAUCCCGUGUGCUGAUGGCGAGAUCAGCAACGUGACAAAUGCACGAGAGUGUGUGUUGUGCAGCGAGGACCACUGGUCCAAUGACGGUCAUGACGCCUGCGUGCCAAAGAUCAUCGAGUUCCUGGCCUUUGGAGAACCUCUGGGCAUCACCCUCAUCGUCAUCUCCGCCUGUGGAGCGCUCCUCACCCUUGUUGUUGGGGUGGUGUUGGCGGUCCAGGUGAACACACCUUUGGUGAAGGCCAACGAUGCAGUUUUAAGCUUCCUGCUGCUCCUCUCCCUGGUGGUCACCUUCUUGUGCUCCAUGGUGUUCCUGGGAGAACCUCAGAGGUGGAGCUGCAUGAGCAGCCAAGUGUCUCUGGCUCUGGGCUUUGCUUUGUGUCUCUCCUGCCUCAUGGGCAAGGCAGCAGUGCUGAUGCUGAGAGCUCAGGCUCUGAAAGCUGCACGUGUCAGACGCAAAGCGGCCGCUAAAGCCGCUAAAGCCGCUGAAGGUGCUAAAGGUGCUAAAGGUGCAUGUGAAGCAGCAGCCAAUAGCUGCAGUCCUGACGUCAUCAUGAACAGCGGCAACUUCCAUGAUGCAAUAGCUGCCACCACUCAGCCUGACAUUCUCACCUGCGGCCACCAGAGGGCAGUAGUCCUCAUGGCAACCUUCAUUCAGGGUGUGGCUUGCACGGUGUGGCUGGUGCUGCUGCCUCCUCACCCCGUGAAGAACACGUCGGCUCAGAACAUCAAGAUCAUUCUGGAAUGCCACGAAGGCUCGGUGGUCUUCAUCUCCUGCAUCUUCGCCUACGACAUCGUGUUGGCUCUGCUGGCCUUCGUCUUGGCGUUCCUGGCUCGCAAACUGGAGGACCACUUCAGCGAGGCCAAGAGCAUCACCUUCGGCCUGCUGGUCUUCUUCAUCGUGUGGAUCUCCUUCGUGCCGGCCUACCUCAGCACCAGAGGUAAGUUCAUGGUGGCCGUGCAGAUCUUCGCCAUCCUGGCCUCCAGCUUCGGUAUCCUGGCCUGCAUCUUCCUGCCCAAGUGCUACGUUCUCCUGAUCAAGCCUGAACGCAACACGGAGGAGAUGAUGAGACCUCACGCCAAAACACCAGAUGGAACUUCUACUAUGACCUCAGCCUCACUCGCCACCGCCGCCACCGACAUCAACGCUAGCAUCGCCUCCACCGCCAUCGAUGACUGAGAGCUACACUUUCUAAAGUUACAUCACUUUUUAUAUAUCAUCCAUUAUAUUAGCUAAUGACUUAUUGAUUACAUGUUUAAUAUACUGUAUUAGUUAAUCAUUCCUAAUGAUGUAUUGAUUACAAGUUUAAACAAUUGUUUAUUUGCUUUUUGACAUACUGUAUACAAUCCAGAAAUACAAUUAAACACACGCCAAAUGUUCUUUUUUCUCCCCCAAAUAAGUAACCA